AUGUCCGCGACGAUCCUGAACCAACAUCUUCACAGCCAUGGACUCGACCUCAUCACCGACACCCACAAGUACCGCAAAGUAGUAGCCCUCCGUCCACUCAAUAAAAGCUCUGUCGUCAUCACCUCCCGUCCACUCUGCAACCCGAUCAUCUUCCCCACCCAUCGCGCCCAGCACUGCGAGACCUGUUUCCAGACCAAGGGUAGCGACAGUGGCACGUCAGCACCAGCGGGAGGAUUGGAGCUCGAGAGAUGUUCGGUGUGCAAGAAGAGAUACUACUGCAACAGGGAAUGCUUCACUGUCGCGUGGAAGGGCUGGCACAAGUGGAUCUGUCAUGACAAGGAUAUGGACGACCUCGAUUACGAGAUGCUCAAGAUGGUCGUCAUCUCGAUCGAGCGACUCCGGAACGGCGCCUUCAAGGAGUCCAAGCAGUCUGUAGUGGCAACAUCAACAGCAGCAGCCGCAGGAUCUCAUGGAGCAGGAGAGCAGGAGUCACCUGCGCUGACAGAGUAUGUUUUUUCGACACUGAUGGGGCACGAGGCGAUCUCGGAUCCGGGAGAGAUCUCAAAGUACAAGGAGAUUGCGACCAAGAUUCGGGAACAGCUCAUUGUGACCAAGUUUCCGUUCAAGAGCGAGGGCAGCCGAGGAGAGCCGCCCUCGGUCGCAGAGCUGAUGCGGUACUUGUGUCGAUUUCACUGCAACAACUUCUCGAUCCAUGACUCACAGCUGUUUACGAUGGCCGAAGGGACCUUCCCCAUUGGUGCCCUUUUCAAUCACUCUUGUCGGCCCAACGCCAUUGUGAUGUACGAGGGGCAAACUCAAGUGGUCAGGAUUCUGGAGGACAUUGCUGUUGGACAAGAGGUAUGCACCUCCUACGUCGACAAUGGUGUACAGAGAGCGGAGCGGAGGCAGCUGUUGAGAGGAAAGUACCACUUUGACUGUCUGUGCCCACGGUGCGGAGACGAGGAAUCGGGCGAGACGGCGGAGAAGGCAGGGUUCAGGAUACUGGAUGACUUGAUCGAGGGCGACCAGGAUGGUGAGGAUGGCAAGAAGGUAGACGGUGAGUGGUUGACCAAGCAGUUCGAGACCAUUAUCCUCCCAGGCGCACGGUCGUUACAAGUUGCAGGACCUUCUCUCCAACCUCCAACUAUGAUCAACAGGAGCUCCUUCACAAGCUAUCUGAUCCACUCAUUGGUACCUCUGAUUCAAACUGGAGCCACAGAGCAAGCGUACACGGAACGACUCUUUACAAUCUACGACGCUCUCCGGACGACGCCUCAUUGCACGCCCAAGCCAUUCACCACCACCGUCAUGACCAACGCCACCUCGUUCUUCAACACAUCUCUCGAACACCAGUCCUGGGCAUUGGCUUCCAAGAUCGGGACGUUUAUUCUGGCACUGUACUUGAUGAUCUACCCAAGGCAUCAUCCUCUUGUCGGGCUGCAUUGUUUUACGCUGGCCAAGUGUCUGUGGAACGAUGUAGAGGGCGGAAUGACAUCUGUCCGGUUGUCGCACGAGAUCCUGAAGUUGUCCCGGAAUAUCUUGACGGUCUCUCACGGGCGUACUGGACAAAACGCCAGCUUGGUCAAGGAGGUUGAGGCGUUUAUGAGAACUUCUCCAAGCUUAAUAUCCGCCUUUGGCAACUCUCUGAUUGUCGACCUCAUUCUCCAGUACCUCUCCUCAAAGGACAUUGGAACCUACCGAGCAGUCUGCAAGACCUGGAACGCCGUCGCCCAGCCACACCGAUGGCGAUCCAUCUCCGUCUCUCAACGCAUGUACGGUGGAUAUAACCCCUACGUCGACACGUAUUGGUCGCUACCCUAUUUAAGGUGGACGACGCUCAAUAACGACAAACUCUACAAUAGAGUGCCAAGGAACUACUUUAAUGGCCGCCCAACCCUGAAACCGGCCAUCUCCAGUCAGCAGAAGGAACUAGUCCGCAGGAACGUCUUUCGAGUCCGCUGGCUGAAGAUUGACUACUCUGGUCACAUUCUCCUCGACCUGCCGUUCACCAACUUGACACGGUUCUGUAUGGGCUGUCGAUACCGCUUCACCAGGUACCCGAUAGUGGAAAGGAUGGUGACGGUAAAGAAGGAUCAACAGUUCAAGGAGGCCGCCCUGCAGUUGAUCGGGCAGAACCCUCAUUUGCAGGAUAUCGAUAUCUCGUACGUCGAAAAUCUGGUGAAUCCUCACGGACGCGAUCCAUCCCUGUCGCCCUUUGCGAUCCGUGUCCUCCAAGCCCUUCGACAACCCCACCAGAAGCAUCAGUCGUCAUCAUCUAGCAGUACCAAUGUCAGCAGCAGCAGCCUUUAUUCGUUGAAACUUGUUUGCCAUGGUACCCAAUCCUUGGAGGAUCUCUGCUCCAUCAUCGAGAACUGUCCUCCCAAUCUCAAGGAGCUCACUCUGCAAAGCCACUGCGAGGGUCGUCUAUCCAUACCUGUCAUCAUCCAACAGAGACUCGAGUCCAUCAAGAAAAACAGCAACAGCAAUAGCGCCAACCCCUCCACCAAUCCCUCCGCCAGUCGACAUCAGAGGAUCCCAUCUCUUCGGCUUUUGAACGUCUCUUGGAUCGAUUUGGAGGGAGGAGACGAAAUGGAGGCCCACAACCCAGAAUUUUUCUUCUACCCACUGCUGAGCUGUUUCCCAGACCUCCAAGAACUGUACGUUCCCUAUGGUAUCACUAAUCAAUACAACUCUGAAGGACGAUUGAGUCCCAACUGCACUGACGAAACCCUCAUCUCGACACUCGCGCUGAACUGCCCGGCCCUGACCACCAUCAACUUUGGCUACAAUCUGAUCGCAGAGGAGCACAUGUUCAGGUUUGUAAAGCUUAUGCCAGAGGCACUCCAAGAACUCACCACGGAGAUCGAGCCAGGCUAUCUCGAUCGCGUCAUUCCGACGCUUCUGAGACGAUCGGACACAAAUGUCGGACUUCAGGACUUCUUGGACGCGGAGUGGGUCUGUUCAGGGCUGGACACACUGUCGAUCUGCAUUAGGGACCUUGCUGAAUACGAGGUCGAGCAAGAGAUGGACAAGGACGGGAAUCAUAGCUCACCCUCCGAUACCGACGCAGAGCUCGCCUUGUACCUCCGCCAGAUCCACAACGUGUCAGAGUUCCACCGCCGACUCAAAGCCAUGAGCCCCAGUCUGCAAACCCUCGACCUGACAUGGAAUCCCCUCUGUCAAGACAUCUCCUACGAUCCUUACAGCCACGACAUUAACUUUCUCGACAACCUGCGCUGGAUGAAUCUCAAAUGGUUCCCAGUCUCCGGUGGUCUCGAGUCCACAACAACCGCUCUGGAAAUGGUGAUACAAAGACAGUUGGAGAAGAAGAGCGACCUGACUUUACAGCGCAAACUCCAAGAUUCGGGCAUCUCUCCGCCACCGUUUUCUCGCUCGCCCUCAAUGGAACAAUCUCAGAGUUUGAUAUCGGCCUUCGACAACAUCCUCAUCACCAACAACAUCGCCCAGUAUCUUUCCUCCAAGGACAUAACCGCCUGUCUCAAAGUCAGCAAGGCCUGGUACACCCACUUCCACUCCUACCAAUGGCGAACUAUCGCCCACUUUUACACCUACCAGGCCGAGAACCACGACCCUGCAGCCCACCCACGCAGGCAAUGGUGGAAACCCAUCAACAAGAAGGACGACGACGACACUAGCGACAAGCGCAAGAAAAAACCUUCAAUCCACUCCAACGCCCGCUCGCACUUCAUUUUCAGCACGCAAAGGGACCUCAUCUGCUCGAAUGCCUUUCGGGUCCGGUCGCUCAAGAUCGACUACUCUGCGGCUAUUCUUCUGGAUGUGCCCUUCGUCAACCUGACACGGCUCACCAUGAACUGUCGACACGGCCACAACAUAGAUCCGACAGUCAAGGCAGCGGAAGGGAGGAGGGCAGCGGACAGGACAUUUCAGGAGCGAGUUUUGGCCUUGAUAUCCUUGAACCCGAGACUGCGGAGCUGCAGGUUUCGUAUGCUUAUUGCUGGCGACCACCAACUGAGGGGGCCGCCGUUUUCUAUUCGGAUCCUUCAGGCUCUUCAGCAUCGCCCAUCAUCAACAGCAACCGCAACGACGACGACGACGACGACAGGAACGACAGCAACUGCGACAACCAUCAGUAUCAGCAAAUUGUACUCGCUGAAACCUGCUAUCCAAGGCUGCCAGUCCUAUGUCGACUUGGACAAGUUCCUCUACCCUCUCUUGGCCUGCUUCCCAAGACUCCAGGACUUGACUCUGCCCAAGAUCCCCUGCCGCGAUCUCAAGUAG